AUGUGGUCCAGCUUGAGUGAAUGGUUCUGGUGGGAGAAACUCUGGCUUCCAUCCAAUGUCACAUGGGCCGACCUGGAGGACCGAGAUGGCCAGGUGUAUCCCCAUCCGCAGGAUCUGCUGGCUGCCUUGCCCGUGGCACUGACCCUGCUGGCCCUUCGCUUUGCCUUUGAUAGAUUCAUUGCCCUGCCCCUCAGCUAUCAGUUGGGGAUGCGAGAUAAGCUUCGGCAGAUAGCCAAGCCUAUUCCUGCACUGGAGAGACACUUCAUCACAGCUGGACCAAAACCCAAGGAGGCCCAGUUGGCGCUCCUGGCCACCCAAUGUGGGCUCACACUGUACCAGACUCAGCGCUGGUUCUGCAGACGCCGCAACCAGGACCGGACCCCACUGAGCAAGAAGUUCUGUGAGGCCAGCUGGAAUUUCACCUACUUCCUUUGCUGCUUUCUCGGUGGUUUUUCCAUCCUCUACCACGAGCCCUGGUUGUGGAGACCAGUUAUGUGCUGGGACAGUUACCCAAACCAGCCAUUGAAGCCCAUCCUGUACCGCUGGUACCUCCUGGAGCUGGGCUUCUACAUCUCGCUGCUCAUCAUGCUGCCUUUCGACAUCAAGCGCAAGGAUUUCAAGGAUCAGGUGGCGCAUCACUUUGUCACCAUCCCCCUGAUGGUCUUUACCUACAGCUGCAACAUGCUGCGUAUGGCCUUUGUGGUGUUGCUCCUGCACGAAUGCUCCGAGAUUCUACUGGAGGCCUGUAAGAUGUUCAAUUACAUGCAGUAUCAGAAAGUGUCUAACGUUCUCUUCAUCAUCUUCGCCUGCGUCUUCUUCUACACGCGCCUGGUGGUCUUCCCCACCCAGGUCCUGUACAGCACCUAUUACAAGUACAUUGUGGGUAGAAGCCCCUACUUCGGCUACUACUUCCUCAACUGGCUCCUGAUGAUGCUUCAGGUGAUGCAUGUCUACUGGUUCUACCUCAUUCUUCGCAUGCUCUACAGCUUCACAUUGAAGGGAAAGUUGAAGGAUGUUCGCAGCGAUGUGGAGGAGUCAGAUUCGAGUGAAGACGACAUGGUCAAGAAAAACCCUCCCCUGAAGAGCAGGGUGGCCCACAGGCCUGGGGAAACCAUGGCUGAUGGGUGUCGAAACUGGGAGGCAAGACCUCAGAACUCAGUUUGCAAAUCCCCUUACCCCGGUUACGGGACAUAA